UGUCCUCACUUUUGACGCUGAGGGUCGGGCCAUUGACUUUGAGGUCUGGGUAGAUGACCUACAGCUGUUCUUACAGUGCGAUAGGGCGGACGGCCUCUCUCUCUUUGACCUCACCUCUGGCGCUUCCCCUGCCCCUGCUGCUGAUGCUGACGCCACUGUUCGCUCCCAAUGGGCCACGCGCGAUGCUGCUGCACGUCUUGCUGUGCGUCGCCACCUCCCUACCUCCGAGCGUGCGCACUUUAGUCAGUACAAGAGUGCUCAGACCUUGUACGCCGCUGUAGUCGCGCGCUACUCCUCCCCUUCCACUGCUGCACUGAGCCGUCUCAUGCUGCCGUACCUCUUCCCUGACCUUGCUUCUUUUCCCACCGUUGCUGACCUCAUUACGCACCUCCGCACUAGUGACACUCGCUACCGCGCUGCACUUCCUGCUGACUUCUGCACCGCGAACCCCCCCCCCAUGUACAUCACUCUGUACUUCCUAGUCACUCGCCUCCCUGACUCCCUUCGAGUAGUCAGGGACCACUUUCUCUCAGUCUGUCCCACCACACUCACUGUAGACCUCCUCGAGAAGGCCCUCCUCGCGAUAGAAAAGAGCAUAGUCGCUGUAGGAGCCUCUCGAGGUGACCCGCGCACCCCCAUCUUUGAGGGUCGGUCGGUGCGGCGUCUGCCCCUAGCGGGAGACGCCGCCCUGGCAAGGGCAAGGGGGGCAAGGGAGCUGGAGGAGCGGGCGGUGGAGGUGGAGGUGGAGGCAGUGGGGGGAGUGGGGGUAGCGGUGGAGGUGGAAGUGGGGGUGGGGGGUUCGGUGGCGGCAGUGGAGGCGGAGGCCGCGGCGGCGGUGGCGGUGGUAGCGGAGGUGGCGGAGGAGGCGGCGGUGGAGGAGGCGGUGGAGGCGGCGGCGGCAGUGGAGGCAGCGGAGGCGGUGGAGGCGGUGGGGGUGGCGGUGGAGCUGGUCGCGGGUCUUUGCAGAGGAGUGGCUCCGGUGGUGGCUCGCGCCAGCAGCAGCAGCGUGGUCCCCGAUCCGGGCAUUGAGACUGCUGCUCUAGGUACUGGUGAGGCUGCUGCCCUAGGUGCUUACGACGCUGCUGCUCUAGGUGCUGGUGUGUCUGCGUCCUCAGGUACUGGUGAGUCUGCUCUCUCAGGUACCGCGUCGGCUUCGGCCUCCCUCACCUUCACUCUUGACUCUGGGGCGUCUCGCUCCUUCUUUCGGGACCGCACCACACUCACGCCGCUUAGUCGGCCGGUUGCGGUGUCUCUGGCUGACCCCUCUGGGGGUCCGGUCCUGUCUCGUUUCUCCACAGUCCUCCCGUGUCCGGCGGCUCCCUCUGGCACCCUGUCUGGUCUCUACCUCCCCUCGUUCUCGACGAACCUGGUGAGUGGUGCUGACCUACAGGAUGCGGGUGUCCACCAGUUCACUCCUGCACGUCAGCGAGUGACCCACUGUACAGAGGCUGGCACAGGCCGACACCUGGCUACGUUCACCCGUCAGCCGGGGUCGAGCCUGUACACUCUGACCACUGCGUCUCCUCCAGUUGCUGAGUCUGGUAGGGUAGUUACGUCGGGUCAGGUGUUUGCUGCGGCGUCCAGGUCUGGUCCUGAGUCUGCCCCCUGUUCGUGUCGUCUCCUGUCUCACGAGACUCUCCUCUGGCACCACCGCCUUGGCCACCCCUCUCUGCUUCGGCUCAGAGGUAUGGCCUCCCGUCUUCUUGUGUCCGGUCUCCCCCGGUCCCUCCCUCCCCUUCCUCAGGGCCCUGGCCCUGCCUGUGUCCCCUGUGUUGAGGGGCGCCAGCGUGCUGCCCCUCACUCCUCCCAGUUUCCUUCGACAGAGGCCCCGUUGCAGACACUUCACAUGGACGUGUGGGGCCCAGCCCGCGUCCGUGGACAGGGUCACGAGCGCUACUUCCUGCUCGUUGUUGACGACUACUCGCGUUACACCACAGUCUUCCCCUUGCGCAGCAAGGGUGAUGUCACUGAGGUGCUGAUCGACUGGAUCCGCGCAGCUCGUCUCCAGCUCAGGCAGAGCUUCGGCUCGGACUUUCCUGUUCUGCGUCUGCACUCGGACCGAGGCGGAGAGUUCUUCUCUGGCCUUCUGCGUGCCUACUGUCGUGCACGGGGCAUCCGUCAGACCUUCACGCUUCCGGACUCACCGCAGCAAAAUGGGAUUGCUGAGCGCCGCAUUGGCAUGGUCAUGGACGUCGCUCGUACGUCUAUGAUGCAUGCGGCUGCCCCCCAUUUUCUGUGGCCGUUUGCGGUGAGGUACGCGGCGCAUCAGAUCAACCUCCACCCCAGGGUCUCCAGGCCGGAGACCUCCCCAGCCUUGCUGUGGACGGGGAAGGUUGGCGAUGCGUCGGCGUUCCGGGUCUGGGGAUCUCGGGCGUUUGUCCGCGACCGGUCUGCGGACAAACUAUCCCCUCGUGCUGCUCCUUGCGUCUUCCUGGGGUUCCCCCCUGACGCGCCUGGGUGGCAGUUUUACCACCCCACCUCUCGCCGUGUUCUGUCCUCCCAGGACGUCACGUUUGACGAGUCGGUCCCCUACUACCGCCUCUUCCCCUACCGCACUCCGUCCCUCCCCCCACCCCCACUCUUCCUGGUACCAGGUCCCCCCCAGGUAGACCCCCUCCCCCCUCAGGGUCCUGCCCCUUCAGGUGUGUCCCAGGUAGACGCAGUCGAGCCUGUCGAGGUCACUGGUGACUCUGGUGCUGCUGAGGGUGCUGAGGCUGGGGGUGCUGUACCUGGGGGUGCGGAGCCUAGGGGUGCUGGGCCUGGGGGUGCUACGUCUGGGGGUGCUGAGCCUGGGGGUGCUGAGCCUGGGGGUGCUGAGCCUAGGGGUGCUGAGCCUGGGGGUGCUGAGCCUAGGGGUGCUACAUCUGGGGGUGCUGAGCCUAGGGGUGCUACGCCUGGGGGUGCUGAGCCUGGAGGUGCUCCGCCUGGCGGUUCUCCGAGUGCUUCGUCUCGCCGGGAGCCACUUUCUCCACAGGAGCUGCGUGAGUGGUUUGCCCGGCGCUGGAGGCGUGCUGCUGGUGCUGGAGGUCCUUCGGCUGCUGAGGGUGCUGCGGUCGCGGGUCCCGGAGGUGCUCGUCCUGGGUGCACUGGAGCUGGUGCUGCUGAGGGUGUUGGCGCUGAGACUACCGCUGGCAGUCCUACUGGGGGUGCUCCUGGUGCUACUGGAGGUUCUGGAGCUACUGGUGGUGCUGCUGGAGCGGGUGCUCCUGCUGAGGGUUCUGGUGCUGUCCCUGCUGCUUCUAGCGUCGCCGCGCGGCCUCGACCGUACUUCGUUCCACUCCUGCAGCAGGUUCUUGGUCUUCCACCUUCUACUGGUCCUCCUCCUCCCUUAGAGUGUCCACAGCCUGUCUCGUCCCAGCUACAGUUGCAGCCUACCUCCCCUUUGCCUGCUCCUUCUCCCUACACUGGUCCUACUGGAGGUCUGGCUGAGCGUCGUGAGCCUGCGUCUCGCCCUGCGUCGCCUGUCCGUGCUGCUCGCACUAGUGGUCGCGGUUCGCGUCAGCGUCCUCCUCCUGUCCCUGGCACGCACCGGAUGUCUCUGCGUCCGUCCACUGCUCCUCUGCGUGCCCCUUUGCCUUCUCCUCCUGAGUCCUCUCUUCCUGCUCUUCCCGACCCGGAGUCGGACUCUCUUCGUGCUGCCAGUCCUACUGUCACGCGUCUCCUUGCUACUGUUGUCACUGACCCUUCUUUCGAGUCUACUGCUGCGUCUGCUCUCGUUACUGAGCUCGUCGACUUUGCUGCUCGCUGUCGCUUAGACUACGCUGCUAGUCUUGUCGCUGAGUCUGAGUCUGUCUGUCCUCCGUCCGUCGGGGGUGAGUGUGCCCUUGGCACGGACGUCCUUGAGGACAGGCAGGAGGAGUUCCAGUGUCUGGCAGCUGCCUCACCUCAUCUCGUGUCCGUACUGCUUACCCCUGAGGGAGACCCGGAUGCACUUGACAUCCCGACUCCGCGCUCUUACGCGGAGGCGAUAGAGGGUCCCUACUCCUCUCAGUGGCAGGCAGCUAUGGAUGCAGAGAUGGCUUCCUGGAAGUCCACAGGCACCUACGUUGACGCUGUCCCCCCUCCUGGGGCGAACAUCGUCAGUGGCAUGUGGAUCUUCAGGGUGAAGCGGCCGCCGGGUUCUCCGCCUGUCUUCAAGGCGCGUUACGUGGCUCGUGGCUUCAGUCAGCGGCAGGGAGUUGACUACUUUCAGACCUUCUCCCCCACCCCGAAGAUGACCACUCUUCGGGUACUGCUGCACACUGCUGCUCACCGUGACUACGAGCUGCACUCUCUUGACUUCAGCACAGCUUUCUUGCAGGGCAGCCUGCACGAGGAGAUCUGGCUGCGUCGCCCACCUGGCUUCACUGGGUCUUUCCCUCCUGGUACCCAGUGGAGUCUCCGGCGUCCAGUCUACGGUCUCCGCCAGGCGCCACGUGAGUGGCACGACACACUGAGGACUACGCUUGCGGCUCUUGGGUUUGCUCCUUCUACUGCCGACCCGUCGCUGUUUCUACGCACCGACACCUCUCUGCCGCCGUUCUACAUCCUCGUGUACGUCGACGACUUGGUCUUUGCCACAGCUGACACUGCUGGACUCGCCUACGUGAAGUCCGAGCUGCAGAAGAGACACACGUGCACAGACCUGGGUGAACUGCGCAGCUACCUUGGCUUGCAGAUCACCCGGGACAGAGCACGCCGCACCAUUACCCUGACUCAGUCACACAUGGUGCAGCAGGUCCUUCAGCGCUUCGGCUUCACGUACUCCUCGCCUCAGGCCACUCCUCUGUCUACUCGCCACUCGCUCUCAGCUCUGCCUUCGGAUGAGUCCGUAGAGUCGAGUGGCCCGUACCCAGAGCUUGUUGGCUGCCUCAUGUACCUGAUGACCUGCACACGACCUGACCUUGCAUACCCUCUUAGCAUUCUUGCACGCUAUGUUGCUCCUGGGAGACACAGACCAGAGCACAUGGCUGCAGCGAAGAGGGUGUUGCGCUACUUGUGCAGUACGUCGGGCAUGGGGCUAGUGCUUGGAGGGCGGAGUCCAGUGGUCCUCACUGGGCACGCGGACGCUUCUUGGGCUGACGACCAGGCUACGCAGCGGUCGUCACAGGGUUACACCUUCAGCCUUGGUUCCGGCUCUGUUUCGUGGCGGGCUACUCGCUCGUCUUCUGUUCUUGGCUCGAGUUGUGAGGCUGAGAUCUACGCCGGGGCCAUGGCUGCACAGGAGCUUCGCUGGCUCACCUACCUGCUGACCGACCUUGGAGAGCCGCCUCGUUCUCCUCCAGUCCUGUACGUAGACAACAAGGCCAUGCUGGCCUUGUGUCGAGAGCAGUGA